AUGUUAGCUACGUUUUCUCAUCUCUUUCGCAGGGCACCCAAACAUACUCGUUUACCCCAGAGCGAUGAUGAAAUUCUUGAGGACGAAACGCUUGUGCCGGCUCCACCCUUGACUCCAUUUACAAACAGACCCUCUCCUCGUCCAAACUACGAAUACCAGGUGGCAUUGAGGACGCUCGUCAUUUGCAGUGUCGUAUAUCUAAGUGCCGGCUUCUGGAUCGCAUUUAGCACGCGCAGAAUCGAGUUUGUCACAAAUGCAGACGAGUUCUGCAUGCACCAUAUAUCUCAACACUCACCAGUGGUUGAAGAAGUAGAUCCAGGUUGGCAUACGAAGCAAUUCAACGGGAGCUUCCUCCAUGAGAACAUCUAUCGACAGUCAGCCGGGCCAGAAGUAGAUGCGGCCUGGCAGGCGUUAGGGGUGGGGCUGCGAAGUGUCAUCGUCCCUGAAAGCGAGGCCGAGAGAUCGGGUAUAAGCCGCGACCAGGUCAAAAUCAGUCAGGAGUACGGUGGCGGUUAUCCAGCUAACGUUGAGGGUCUCCAUCAUCUACACUGUCUGGAUCUCCUCCGGAAAACCUUGCAUUGGAAUUACAAUUACUACCUGGCCAAAGGGGAAGGCCCUUUCGUAAACUCUGAAUACAUCGUACGGAUACAUGCCACUCAUUGCUUGGAUAUGCUGAGGCAGGUACUGAUGUGCAACCCUGAUGUUGGGGUGCUCGGUCAAGUUUGGUGGCAGGCUGAAGGCGCACAUCCCACGCCGUUCGUCGACUUCAAUACGAAGCACCGAUGCCGUGACUACGAGGGCGUGAGAAGAUGGGCUGAAGCACAUCAGCUACCACUCGAGGAAGACGUGGAGAUGAGCCGCUUCUACGAGCCGCCAGAACCCGAAGACGUGCUUCCUGUCAUACCUUAG